GGUUUGCACCUCAGAAUGACCGCGUAUUUUUUGUGUUAUUCGUGUAGUGAGUUUUUUUGUUGAGCCGGAUGGCUUGUUGAACGCCGUGUGUUGUGUUUUGUUUUGAUUUGAAAUGUUAGGAAAAAAAUCAUGAUUCAUCAUUUCAGUGUGAUUUAAUUAGAAGCAAGGUGCUGUUUUUAGCGUAAAAUUGGUAGAGAGCUAAUAAAUUGUGGUUUGGUUGAGCGUUUUAGCAGAUAUUCAUAGCUAAUAAAUAACUUGAAGAAGCCAUACAUGGUUACGUGAUUAUGUUGUUGUAUAGUGAAAAUCAGUGUUAAAAUUGAAUGUUCUAAAUUUUUCAUCACGAAGUGGGUGGAAUUUCGUGAACCAGAAGAGCAACCGAAUAAAAGUUCCGAGAUUAUGUAUCUUUGAUGUGCAGUGAUAAUAUCGGAGUAAGAUUAUCCAAUAUUAUUUGGCAGCUCCAACUCCCAGUGAUCUCUAUAAAAUAACAUAAAAUGCAGCACUCACUGUCGAGCUCGACAAAUCUGAUGUUCAUCAUGCCUUCCGAGGACAGCGAAGUCGAGUGCAACGAAGAAAAUGUCGUCAUAGAUGAAAUAACCGAAUCGGAGCCCACAUCAGUUAUCCUACGCUUCUGUAAAAAAGAGUUUCUCCGGCCGUUCGUGUGCAUCCUGGGCCUGGUUGGACUGCGGCCAAAUGCCGUCGACCGGGACCUGGCCACCCUGCUGGGACACUUGCAGUCGAUCACGGUGCUGGCGUUGCUCCUCGCAGGCUACGUGCUGCAGUAUCUGUCCGGAUUUCGCCGAGACCGCGGUUUCCUCGAUCCGGAACAACAGCUCACCUACGGUGGUGGCCAGCAGUUAUCCGGGCCCGCUCCGCCGACCAACAGCACAACGCAACCCACCGCCGCCAUUACGAAGACAAUGCUGGUCAACACCGGGGAAAUGAUAUUCAUUUACAUCAUCCCGGCCCUGCUCCAUCUCGGCGGUUUCGUAAUGGCAGCUUACAUUUACCGGUUCGCCGAUAACGAACAAUUGCAGUGUCUAAUUGAAAGGGUUUUCAUCCUAUGCAGCAAGCCCCGCCGACUGGUGGCAACUUUGUGGGUCUACUUUGGCCUCGGAACGCUCUGGCUGGCCGGUUCCGUGGUGUACAUCGGGAUGUUGGUACUGCAGCCGACCGGCACCCCAACCAAUCCAACGACCGCCAAACUACCCCCACUGCUGGAUGACGUCCUUGGGCCGGACUACACCCGGGGUCUGCUCUGCGUGGCGCUGCUCUUCCACGACCUGGUCCAGAUGGUCGUCAUCGUCAGCUACAGCCUGAUGUGCUUCCUGCUGCGCUACUAUCUCCGGGGGUUGAAGGCAAAGCUGCUGCUGCACACAAUCGAACCGCUGAACUGGAUGAGGGAGAUUUGCGAGUUUCGGAAGCUGCUGCAUCAUUUGAACACGCGAAUUUCGCUGCCCGUGGCCUGUCUGACGCUGCUGAACCUCAGCUACACGCUGUCCAGCGUAACCCACCUCGUGCAGGACAUCAACGCGUGCCCGAUCCGGGUGUUCAGCUUCACCAUCGCCAACGUGCUGCUGUGGAUGGUCAUCUCGCUGACGCCCUUCUUUCAGGCCGCCUCCCUCACCGUCACCUGCCGACAAACCCAGUCCUGCGGCCACCUGAUCAGCAUCCGGCCCUUCGUCCACCGGAACACCUCGUCCGAGGAGCUCAACACGGUGCUGCUGUACGCGUCCUCGCUGCAAAUGUCCGCCCAGCUGUUCCGGGUGCCCAUCAACGCGCACUACCUCUGCUUCCUGGUGCUCGUCUGCGUGAUUGCCCUGCUCACCUUUGGCAUGUGCCUCAGCCUCACGUUGGGCGGAUGAAAUUUAAACAAAAGUGAGAGACCCACUCAACGUUACAUUAACCAACGUUAAUCAGCUUAAGGGGCCACUUUUUUAUUGGCUCGCUGUGCAAUUGUUGCCUUUGCUUGCAAUUGAUCCAAUUGUGUUACAAAUAACACACUGACUGCUACAAAGGAAAUUUUUCAUAUUCGAAUUCGUCUGUAUGCACUCUGUAUAUACAAAUAAUAAAAUAAAAAGUCAAUAUUUGGUUUGGUUCGUG